AUGAUGUGCAAUGAUUGUGGAAUGACGACAAUAUCAAGUCAGGUAUGGCGCCCAGAUCCACCAUCACAGAGCCACGGUACCUACAAUCAUGACUUCCACCAUACCUAUCACCUAUGUUUCUACCGCCACCUUCAUGCUAAUCACCUUUGUAUCAGUCACCAUGAUAUCCACCAACUCCUUCAUGGAGACACCCACCACUACCACUCUAUAGCAUUUGGCAUAUCAUCCGGUGUUAAGAAAAACUGUAGAGAUCUCUUCACUUCAAUGGUGGCAAAUGUUAAACUUUCUUCGAUGAGAUAUCAAAUCUAUAAAGAAGAUGGGUUUAUCGGAUAUCAACAAUCGAUGCCUUCUCCACCUUCAUCUUCAUCGUCGUUUUCACCUCCAUUUACUGUAACUUUCCAUAAAACAUCAUCCCCUUCAUCUUCUCCAAAAAUCAGCCCAGCUGUUCUAUUCAUUAUCGUGAUUUUGGCCGUUUUGUUUUUCAUCUCCGGUUUGCUUCACUUGCUCGUUAGAUUCUUAACAAAACACAACUCUCAAUCGCACUCAAAUCAAUCAAAUCGAUUCCCAGAUGGGUCUCCAUCCGACACACUUCAACGACAACUCCAACAGCUUUUCCAUUUACAUGAUUCCGGUUUAGAUCAAACAUUCAUCGACGCUCUUCCUGUUUUUAUGUACAAAGAAGUAGUCGGAGCUCACGAGCCCUUCGAUUGCGCCGUUUGUUUAUGCGAGUUUUCUGAAAACGAUAAAUUGCGAUUACUCCCAACGUGUAGCCAUGCUUUUCAUAUCAGUUGUAUAGAUACAUGGCUUCUAUCGAAUUCGACAUGUCCCCUUUGCAGAAACACUCUUUUCGAUCCUGAAUUCUCCAUGGAUAAUCCAAUUUUCGAUUUCGAUGAUCCACGGGAAGCAGAUGAGAUUAGGGUUUCAUCAAAAACAAUUGAUCCCGAACAAACGCCGAUUGAAAAGGGGGUUUUUUCUGUCAGACUUGGAAAGUUCAGAAAAUUGACUGAAAGUGAAGGCGAAGCAGGAGGUGAGACUAGUAGUAGUAAUUUAGAUGCUCGAAGAUGUUAUUCAAUGGGUUCUUAUGAGUAUGUUGUUAGGGACACGAAUCUUAGGGUUCCAUUGAAUCAUCAUCAAAAAGAUCUCCAGAAUUUGAAAUUUGUGAAAGGGGUAGAAGAACGAAUCGCGGAUCAUAGAAUGGAUGAAGAUAUUGAGGGGAAAAAGAUUAAUAUUGGGGCAAAAACGGAUAGUUUUUCGGUUUCAAAGAUUUGGUUAUGGUCUAAGAAAAGAAAAUUUGCGACUUCUUCAGAGAAUCAUCAUAUGCAUAAUUUGUCUGCAGUUGAUAUGGAAUUACCACGAAUUGGGAGAAUUCAAGAAAUGUCUGCUUGA